UGAAUAGUGUGACUGUGAGCAGGAGCAGUCCGGAAACAUUCAGCAGUUUUGCAUGCACUGCUUUGCGGCAUUAUUGCAGCAUUCUUUCUGGAGAGGGCAGGAGGCCAUGCAGAAACAUACAAGGGGAAAAGGGGAGAUAAUGGUGUCCAGCUAUUUUUAAGAGUUCAAGCUGUUUUUUUCCCCACUGCCAGACAGUGUCUCUCUUCGACACACUCUUAGUAUCUAUAAUAGCAUUCAACCUUUCUUUUGGGUUUUUUUUUCAAGCUAAUCGUUUUUUCCAAACAUGGGGUGCUCCUCAUCCAGUGCACAGACUGUUGACCAAGAGAAAAGGCCAGGUACAAAACCAGAAGAGAGCAAUGGAGACACACUGGAUGAGAGAAAUGCCAUCAACACAGAAGAAGCGCAAACCAUCGAGGACCAAAUGCAGUUGCCCGUGACGACCUUACCGGAGGAUCUUCAGCCGGGUAGUGAUGACGAGGCAGAGGUUGUGUUAGUAGCCCUGGAGGCUAAGGAGGAUCUUAACUCAGGGGUAGACCUUCUCCCUGUACCUGAGCCUCAGCAAGAGCCUGUUGCCGCUGCAGAUUCCACUACAGAGGCCGCAUCUCCGGCCGAAGCUCCGGCUGAGGCCUCCGCCGAACCUGAGGCUGCUUUAGUGGUAGUUGAGGAUCUACCCGUUGUGGAAGAACCUGCACCCGUCGAAACUGCAGAUACUGAAGCCACUCCAGAAGUGGAAAUCUUAGUUGAGUCUACUGAGGAGGUCUCCUCAGUGGAAUCUAUUGUAGAUACACAGGCAGAUCCACUUGCUGUUGUUGAGGAGACGACUGCUGGGAUAGCUGAAAUCGACCCCCCUGCUGUCGAACCUCCUGCCGUCGAACCUCCUGCCGUCGAACCUCCUGCUGUCGAACCUGUCAAAUCCGAGCCAACAGACGCUCCAGUGGCAGAAGAAGAGGCAGCAGAUUUAGUAAGUGAGGUCCCUGUCGAAGUGGUCGCUCCCGUAGAAGCAGAGGCUCCAACUGACAAUGCUGCUGUUGAUACUGCUUCAACAGCACUUUGUGAAUCUGCAGAAUCAACUGAAGCUGAAGCACCAGUGCAAAGUGACGCACCAGUACAAAGUGAAGCACCAGUGCAAAGUGAUGCACCAGUACAAAGUGACGCACCAGUACAAAGUGAAGCACCAGUGCAAAGUGAAGCACCAGUGCAAAGUGAUGCACCAGUACAAAGUGAUGCACCAGUGCAAAGUGAAGCACCAGUACAAAGUGAAGCACCAGUACAAAGUGAUGCUCUGGUUGAGCCGGCAGCCCCAGGUGAAGGUGUAGCACCGGAUGAAGUUUUAACAGAGAAUGAAGUCUCGGCACCUGCACAGCUUGAAGAUUCUGUAAUAGAUACCAAUAUUGCCGUUGCAACAAUUCCAGUGAUGCCUCCACUGUCGCCAGAGGUCCAAGCUGAGCCUGCGGCCCCUGCCAUCACCGCCCCAACAGCAGAGACCACACCCUGCCCCGAGGUCGGUGCAGCCCUGGAAGCUUCUCUCGAGGUCGUGUCCACCCUAGAAGACUCUGCUGCACCUUCAGCUUCUGCUCCCACGCUCUCACUUGAAGUGGUGUCUGAGGCCUCGCAGGACGCAGAGAGAGAAAAAUCAAAAAAGGAGGAUUAAGUUGAGAGAAGAGCCUCACCAAAGAUCAAACUACCAGCAACUGGAAGAAAAACACAAACACAAGUAUUCUGUAUUGUAAUUGUCAUUUCUCAAACUCUACAGAUUCACUGCCUUGUUAAACUAUCAUUUUCCUACAUUUGAAAUACAAGACUGUCUUUGGAGACCUUACAUGCGUCCACAUAAUCAGGCCUUUUCAAAUCAGGUGCCAUUAACUCACUGACAUGACAUUAAUUUGAUUCAAAUCUGUGAACUUCUGUAGCAGUGUUAAAUAAAGGAUGCAUACUUAAUAUAUUCUUCACUAUUUAUAAUAGCUGCUUUUGUGGAAUACAAGCCAAAUACAAAUGUGAACGCAAACGCCGUUAAGGCACAAAAACAUCAACCUAGGUGAUGAACACAUAGCUACGCACAUGACAGCGUCUUUUUUUUUUUUUUUUAUAGUUUACGAAAAUUAUUUUCAAAGGACGACAUUUUCCAUGGUUGUAUUUAAAAGUUGUGUACAUGAUAAAUUCUGAUAAAAACUCACAAGUCUGUUUGUUUUUACUCCAAAUUUGAAUUGCAGCCUUUCUUCAAACAUUUACUGAAUUGAAGGGAAAACUGGAUAACAGAGGGAACAGUGUAAAACUGAUUCAAACUCAUAUUCCUUAUGUCUUUUUUUUUUGUUUUCAGACCAAAGUAUGAAUACGAUUUGUUUUGGUGAGCACUGGGAGGGAAAAAAACAACAAAAAGGAAGAUGAAUAUGGAAAGAUUACUUAUGACAAGGAGUGGGACAUGGAUGCUCUUAAGUACUGAUACUAUGCCACCUUGAGCAACUACUUGUGCCUUACUGUUCAAAGAAAUGACUGUGCCUUAAAGUUCAUACAAUGAGUUACUUAAAAAAACAAGGUGUUUCAAAGUUUCAUUUUAAACCCUUUACUGGGCCUGAUAUCAUGUGAACAAUACAUUUUGUACUUGAGUGCAUUAUAUACAUUCUAGCCUAGAAAGAGAUUACCUAGUAGACAUGAUUUUUAGAUCUUUAGUUCUGCACCCUGGUUUAAAAUGUAGUUUGAAUAUCAUUUUGUGUAUGACGUGAUGGAUGUUUGGGAAGAAAAGUCUGAUGUCUGAUGUCUUUUUUCAUCUAUUUCCUUCUGAUAUAUUAUUUCUUUUUAUUAUUUUUCUGAGCCUUGUUUACAGUUCUGCAAGAGAAUAGAGUUAUACAUGCUAAUAAAUGUUAUUUUUUUUCACAAUGAAA